AUGUAUGUGAUAGCUGUCUGGGGGAACUUCACCAUCCUGUUCAUUGUGAAGAUGGAGCCAAGCUUCCAUGGGCCCAUGUACUAUUUCCUCUGUAUGCUGGCUGUCACCGACCUGGUCCUGUGCACUUGCACCCUUUCCAAAACACUGAGCAUCCUCUGGUUCAAUUCCAGGGAAGUAGAUUUCAAUGCCUGCCUCACCCAGAUGUUCUUCAUUCACUGCUUUUUGGACAUGGCCAUGGCUUUUGACCACUAUGUGGCCAUCUGUGAUCCUCUGAGACAUUCCAUCAUCCUGAGAAAUCCUGUUGUGGCCAAGAUCAGCUUGGCUGUGGUGAUGCAUGGCUGCAUGCUUGUAAUGCCCUGUCCCUUGCUGGCAAGGCAGUUGCCAUAUUGCAGAACCAACAUCAUCCCCCACUCCUGCUGUGAGCACAUAGCUAUGGUGAAUCUGGCCUGUGCCGACAUUCACAUCAAUAGUUAUUAUAGCCUCAUUAAUGGCAAUCUUGGUGAUCGGUCUGGAUGUAUUUUUUAUCGCUGUGUCCUAUACCCAGAUCCUCAGGCCAUCUUCAGCCUCCCCACAAAGGACGCCCGGGUCAAGACUUUUCAGACCUGUGCCUCCCACCUCUGUGCCUUUUUAGCCUUUUACAUCUCAGGUCUGUUCUCCGUCCUCAUGUACCAGAUUGGCCAGAACAUGGACCUGCAUUUAAAUGUUCUCUUUACCAAUGUGUGCCUCCUGGUACCCUCCAUGCAAAACCCCAUCAUUUUUUAUGUGAGGACCAAACAGAUCCGGGACAGGCUGCUCCAGCUCUUUACUCAUAAAGGGACCUAA